AUGGCGAGCAUUUGGGUCUCUAAACUGGGAACCAUCUGCAGCUCCAAGACUUUGCUCUUGCUGUUUCCUAUCCUGCUGCUCCAGGGGCUCUGUGGACACAGCAGCCCAAUCUCCAACACCCAUCAGAGAUAUCGCCCCGCUCCGGGGCUGGGAGACGGGCACGGAGGGGUAGUGGAUCCGUCACUGCUGGAGCAGGACAACAACAUGAACAUGCAGAGCCUGCUGGAGAGCCUGAAGGAACAGUUUCUACGGACUUUCAACCUGUCUGGCUUGAGUUCUCCUCCCCUGCCUCCUGGAAGCACACGAGAAGAGCCACCUGAGUACAUGAUGGAGCUCUACAACCGUUUCGCUAAUGACCGCACGGCAAUGCCCAACGCCAACAUCAUCCGCAGCUUCAAAAAUGAAGAUUCAUCUCCCAGUAUUGUUGGUGUUGGAGGAGUGAGGCGUCACCCACUCCUCUUUAAUGUGUCAGUCCCCCAUCAUGAACGCAUCACAGCGGCCGAGCUUCGCCUCUACACCCUUGUCCAGACUGACCGCCACCUCUACGCUGGUGUCGACCGCAAGGUCACUAUCUACGAGGUGGAAUCGCGUGUCGGAGAUGAGAACGUGACUGCUGAGAACCCUGUGAGAGGCGAUGGAUUCAGAGGGAGAGGAGAGCAGUUAGAGCUGGUGGAGUUGGCUUCCCGCCAGGUCUACGGCACUGAUAACGGCUGGCAGGCCUUUGACCUCACUGCUGCUGUUCAACGCUGGCGCAAAUCUCACCAUGGGACCACGCACCGGUUGGAAGUGCACAUUGCCAGCAUUGCUAAUGAAGAUAAUGUUCAAGGUAUCACAGAGGAAAACAAAGACAGGAAUCCACCUGAAGGGGACAUGAAGAUCGACACCAGCCCUGAGGAAAAACACAAACCCCUGCUGAUUGUUUUCUCUGAUGACCAAAGUAGUGAUCACCGUAAUGACAAGCGCGAGCUGAACGAGAUGAUUGACCACGAAACCUCUAACAUGAUUCUCCAGGACGACUUAGGGAUGGGCCUGAAUGGUCUGUGGGGGGAGCCGGGGAGGGACAGGGAGGAGGGAGAUGAAGAAAUAGAGCCGGAUGAAGAGGACCUCAUCCAAAUGCGCUCCAAUCUGAUCUACGACACAGCAUCCCGCAUUCGUCGCAAUGCCAAGGGAAACCACUGCAAGAAACAAUCUAUGUUCGUAGAGUUCAAGGACAUUGGAUGGGACAGUUGGAUCCUGGCACCCACUGGUUACGAUGCCUUUGAGUGCACUGGCAUUUGUUCUUUCCCGCUGACGAAGCAUGUCACACCCACCAAGCAUGCCAUUGUCCAGACAUUGAUCAACAUCAACAGUCCUCAGAAGGCAUCACAAGCCUGUUGUGUGCCUACAAAGCUGGACCCCAUCUCCCUGCUGUACUUGGAUGACACAGGCGUGGUCACCUACAAGUACAAGUUUGAAGGCAUGGUAGUAGCUGAGUGUGGCUGCAGAUAGUCCAUGCUUUAAAGGAGUUUAACCGUUAAUAAAGUCUUACAAUAAGAGGAAAGACACAGAACUAACAGUAAGCUGAGAAAGGAGGUUAGCCAGGACUGUCUUCAACAAAGGGACAGUUGUUGGAAUCUCUGGAAGGGUUUACUGAGAU